CGAGUACUGUCAGAUGAAACACCGGUACUCUGUCAAAAUAUGUACAUAUAUUAGUGUCUCUGUAGUUGGUAGAAUAUUGACAUGGAUUUGAAAGGGAAAGUAGCUCUAGUAACAGGAGGAGCUGCAGGAAUAGGUCGCGCUUACUGCGAGGAGUUGCUGAAACAUGGGGUGAAGGUUUCUAUAUGCGAUAUAAAUGCUGAGGCAGGGGAGCAGCUUGUUCAACGGUUGGAAGAAAAAUAUGGCAAAGACAAAGUGCUGUUUUGUCAGUGUGAUGUCACGGAUUACCCCCAAUACGAAGAAUCUUUUCAGACAACAAUUUCUGAAUUUGGCUGCCUUGACAUUGUUGUAAACAAUGCUGGAAUAAUGAAUGACAGAUUUUGGGAGCUGGAAGUAGAUGUCAACUUGAAUGGAGUCAUUCGUGGUACCUUACUGGCUCUGCGUUUUAUGGGAAAAGACCGUGGUGGCAAUGGAGGAACUGUUGUUAAUACUGGCUCAAAUGUUGUUGUAAAGCCAUAUGUAAGCAUUCCCAUUUACACUGCCACUAAACAUGCAAUAGUUGGUUUCACACGUUCAUUUGGGGACCCUUACCAUGAGAAGAUAACUGGUGUACGCGUACUUGCUGUCUGCCCUGGUGCCACUGACACAAACCUUGUGAAAGAUGUAAGGAAACAGCUGCUGUCACCUGAAUAUGAGAAUGCGUGGCAACGAGAUACAGCAGGAGGGGUAUCACAAACGGCAGAACAUGUGGCAAAGGAGCUGAUACAGUUGUUGCAGAAGGCAGCCAGUGGUUCUGUUUGGAUGGUGGAGAAGAACCAGCCAGCACGGGAGAUACAUUUUACUACCCAGUAAACAGUGGUUUUACUGUUAUGACAAGUUUAAUUGCACAAGUAGCCUGUUGAAGUGCAUCUGACACACUACAAAUAUUAUGCACAAUUUUCUUCCAGAGCUUUGCAGAUUUAUGGGCUUUUUGUGGCUUUUCAUUCAAGUCACAUUUAUCAUAUGUACAUUAUGUAAUUUGGCCUAAACAUUUGUAUAUUUGUUGAUAUUUAUGCACUGUAUGUUACACUUAAGAAAGAACAGAAUGAUUGUUCACCUUUUUUCUAGAAUUGAUAACAAUAUUGGUUAAGAGAGGACUUGAUUACAAUCUACCAACUUGCUGUGUACAUGUGAUGGGAGCUAGAAGUAUAUAAGGGUAAACAUGGAAUUUUGUUGAUGCAUUGGACCAUUUUGGGAAGGAAAGACUUACCGAUUAUUCAGUGAGCCAAAGGGAUAGUGCUUAAACAUGUAAUUUACCUCGAAUAAGUCACCGAUAUUUUCUUCUGUAAGAGGCCACUUUGUGUUCAGACUGUUAGUACUGCUGCUGUCCUCUUUUAUGAAAACAAACAAAUAAAUAAAUAAAUAAGCUAGAAGUAACUUCUGAUGAUGAUCUUUUUAGUCCAAAUUUGUGUAGUGUAAUGGUUCAGCUGCUAAUUAUCUGCAUUGUUUACAAAAGUACUGAAUUUUACAGAAAAGGAUAUUAAUAUUAUUAAGAGCUACAUUUAAGAUAAUUCUAGCUUAUACACAAAUCCCAGUAAAUUGUAACCUAUUAAGUCACUUUCUACGCCAUUAAAGUGAAAGCUUGACUGUAUUUCCCAAGGCUGAUUUACCUGUCAGACAUGUCUAAAGAAAGUAAUAAUGCAAGGUGGUCAUAAAAUGGAAGGGUCAUAAAAUGGAGUAUAAAAUGAAGGAGUAUAAAAUUAUUGCAGUGGAGGAGGAGGUGGGGUCAUCCUGUUGAGAGAGAG